UUACUUCUGCUACAACCGUAAUAUGUUGUAAGCUUCUAAAAUUUAAAAGUGCAAGUCAUCAUUGUUUCCAUAUGGGGUUCACAACAGCCAAUCAGAGUGCUUAUUUCUGCACAUCCCAUCGAGAAUGCUUGCUUAACAGUGUGGGAGCUUGUAAAACUGUACAAAUAUUGUCUUUGCUGGCUGGAAAGAUUCAGAGUCUUACCCUGGAGGAGAGAGAGCACCUCCUGCCCAUACUCAGGAAUGCACAGUGGGUGGAGGUGGUGGGGAGGGAUGCCAUUUACAAGGAGUUCAUCUUUAAAGACUUCAACCAGGCUUUUGGGUUCAUGUCUAGAGUAGCACUGCAGGCUGAGAAAAUGGAUCAUCACCCUGAAUGGUUUAAUGUGUAUAACAAGGUCCAGAUCACCCUCAGCACUCAUGAGUGUGGAGGACUUUCCCAACGUGACAUCAGCCUUGCUACCUUUAUAGAUCAGGUCUCGGUCCUAUGAGUUAUACCUCUCAGUUAUCCUCUUUGCAGACUGUACAAACGGACCAAAAACAUUAAAUCAUUUAUUGAGGAACCAACUAUAUCAGUUUUAACUGUGUGUACAGUCACACUUGAAGCUAGCGUGUUACAUUUGAUCAUUACCUUAUAAGUAUUAAUGGAACAGACCUUUUUAAUCAUUCCAAAUAAAUAGUAUAUAAACAUA